CGAAAAUAAUAUCAAUUAAUUGACGAUUUUCGUUUUUCAACACUAAAAAACCAUCACAUCUAUAAAAACCCUUCGUGUCAAAAAAAAUUCCUAAAUUUUUCUCAUCUCGUCUCGAAUCGUCAUUCCUUCAAUCCUCAGUUGUGGGAUGCCCAAAAAAAUGUUGAGCUCCAUAAUCCUGUGUCUAUUCUUCAUACAUAUAAUUUCCGGAGAAGCUGAGCUUCAGCCUGGAUUCUACUCUAAGACAUGCCCAGAAGCAGAAUCGACGGUGAGAGAGAUCAUGAAGAAGGCUAUGAUCAGAGAAACUCGAAGUGCCGCGUCUGUCAUGAGAUUGCAGUUCCAUGAUUGCUUUGUAAAUGGAUGCGAUGGGUCGGUAUUGUUAGAUGACACACCAACAAUGUUAGGGGAGAAACUCGCACUCUCAAAUAUAAACUCGUUAAGAUCAUUCGAAGUUAUUGAUGAGAUUAAAGAUGGUCUCGAAAAAAUAUGUCCCCAAAUUGUGUCCUGUGCCGAUAUUAUUAUCAUGGCGGCUAGAGAUGCUGUUGCUUUGAGUGGAGGGCCAGAUUGGGAGGUGAGAUUAGGAAGAAAGGAUAGUUUGUAUGCAAGUCAAGAAGACUCAGACAACAUCAUGCCCAGCCCAAGAGCCAAUGCGAGCUCGUUGAUAGACCUAUUCGCCAAGUUCGACCUCUCGAUUGAGGACCUUGUAUCCCUUUCUGGGUCCCACUCCAUUGGCCAAGGUCGAUGCUUCUCAAUCAUGUUCCGUCUCUACAAUCAAUCCGGUUCAGGAAAACCUGAUCCUGCAAUCGAGCCACAUUACAGGAAGGAGUUGAAUAAGUUGUGUCCUGUUGGUGGGGAUGAAAAUGUGACAGGAAACUUGGAUGCAACUCCUGCACUGUUUGAUAAUCAGUAUUUUAAAGACUUGGUUUCUGGAAGAGGAUUCUUGAAUUCUGAUGAAACAUUAUACACAUUUGAGGAAACAAGGAAAUGGGUGGUUAAAUUUAGUCGUGAUCAGCAGGCGUUUUUCGAUGAAUUUGUGAAGGGGAUGUUGAAGAUGGGUGAUUUACAGUCGGGCCAGCCCGGUGAGGUUCGGAGGAAUUGUAGGGUGGUUAAUAACCCUAAGAGUUGUGAUAAACUUCCUUUGCUCACAUUUUGAUAUUGUAUUAACUAGGUACUUCUUCAAGUUAAUAACAUAGCAUAUAGAGUACUUCA